AUGCUGACCUCAAUCGGCCGGGCCGCCGCCCGCCGCAUCACCACCACCACCCGCCUUUCCGCCUCCUCCCAAUUGCUCUCCCACAACGUCGCCGCCGUCACCUGCCCAGCCGUCGCCGCCCGCGCCUUCACCGUCUCGGCAUGGACUCGUCUACCGGCCUCCAAGACCCCUCCCAAGAAGAAGACCAAGGCCGCUGCGACCAAGAAGGCUACUGCCAAGAAGACGGCCACCACAAAGGCCAAGCCCAAGGCCGUCAAGCCCAAGGCCGUCAAGCCCAAGCCCAAGCCCAAGCCCAAGGCGAAGGUCGGUCCGAAGUCAAAGGUCAUUACACCAGAGGAGCAAGAGAAGCUCGAUAUCCGUGAACUGAAGAGAUGGGCCUUGCUCAACAAGAUCACCGGCUUGCCCGAAACACCCUGGUUGGUAUACAUUACCCAGGAGAUGAAGCCAGGCGAGAAGGAUCUCGUAGGCAAGAUGUCACAGAUUUCAGCUGCCUUCAAGAACCUCUAUUCCUAUGAGCGCGAGCCCCUCGAGACCAAGGCAAAUUCCAACCGCGCCACCAACGAGGUCAACCACAAGGCCUGGGUCGAGUCACACCCUCCGGCUCGCAUCUACCUCGCUAACCAGGCUCGCCGCCGCCUCUCACGCAAGAUGGACAAGAAAAUUCGUCUCAUCCACGACGAGCGUCUGCCCAAGUCCAACGGCAGCGCCUACAACGCCUUUGUCAAGUCCCGCUUUGCUAGUGGCGGCCAUACUGCCGGGAGCCCGCUGGGAGAUAGCAUAAAGGCUUUCGGCCAGGAGUGGACCGCCCUGAGCGACGCCGAGAAGCGCCCUUUCGAGGCCCAGGCCGCCAAAGAGGCUGCAAAGUACGCCGCUCAGAUUGAAGAGAUCCGAGCCGAGGCCAAGGAGCUCCAAAAAGAGGCGAAGGCAGCGGCAGCGGCCAAGGCUGCUGAGGCCAGGGCAAAGACCAACGCAAAGGCAGCCGAGGCUAGGGCGAAGGCCAAGGCCAAUGCCAAUGCUGAGACUAAGUAG